AUGUUUGGAAAUGAAACCGUUUCGAGUAUGGAGGACAUGAAUGGCAGCUCAACCAACAAACCAACAGUCGCACAAGCAUCAUCAUCAACUGAUAAGAAGUUUUCAAUUAUUGUAACGAAUGAGGAAUCAAAAACCUCAACAGAUGUGAAUCUAAUGGUGGAUCCGCCACUUUAUGAAAUUGCAAAUGAGAAUAACCAUCUACAUACUACCAAUAUUGUCAACUCGAGAAGACCCUCUAAUAACAGCACUACCUCAUCAAUGAUACAUCCCAUUCAUGCCAAACCACAUCCAAUCUAUGGCAGAAGGGAUACCAUCUUUACCUUUGAUGAGGUAAUCACUCAUUUGCCAGAAGGAACUAAUCAAACUAAUCAGCAGCAGCAACUGCCAAGCAUUGAAGUGAAUGAAAAGCAAAAUCCCACACCAGGCAGCAACAAUAGUGGGAAUUUAUUAUUUGGAUAUUGUGGGAGAGGAGUGAGGAUUAGUCAUGUACUAUUAAUUCUGUUCAUCAUUCAAGGAUUGGUUGGAUUGGUUCCAUCCCUCAUUCUCAUGUACACGAGUGGAAAUAGUAUUUUGGAAAGAGUUUCUAAAUUCCAGGCACAACAAACUCAAACCUAUGUGAAUUUUGAGAUUAGUCGAAUUGUUAAUACUUCACAAUUAGUCAUUCAACAUAUCAGAUUUGAGUUGGAGAAUGGAUUUACACUUUCAAACCUCACAGAAAUGACUUUAUUUGCAACUUAUUUGAGGAAUCUUUAUGUGAAUAGAUCUCCACUCACGGCUGUUCAAUUUGGCAUGUUUAUGGAUAAUUAUGUUGGUACAUUAGAUAUUCCUCCAAUUUAUCCACCAGUAAUUGAAUAUUUGAAUGGGACUGGAGAUUUAUUGUAUCACUAUAGAUUAGAAGAAGAUAGCAUCGAAAAUCCCUUGCAAGAUCGAUACCUUUACAAUGUUGAACCUUUCAGAUUCAAACCAUCCCAUAGACCUUGGUAUGUGCCAUUUACUCUCCCAAAUGCAACAGAAAGAAGAUGGUCAGAAAUUUAUGUUUCCACAUUUGGACAGCUCUCUAUCAAUACUGCAAUGCCUGUCUUUGUAAAGGAGAAUAUUACAGCUGCAGUAUUGUCAGGGAAACCAAUUGAUCAGUUUAAUUUUCAAAUAUGUGAUUGUAACCACCCUGAUCACUUGUAUGGAGUAUUUGGAGCUCUGUUCGCACUCAAAGGACUCAAUUCAUUCCUCAAUGACACUUCAAGACCUUACAGCUUUAUUAGUUACAGUUUUAUUAUGCAAAGAAAUGGAUCUGUCAUUGCAUCGAGUAGACAUAACACGACCACAUCCAGUAGCAUUCUAGAAGAAGAGGAAGAGAUUGAUCAAGUUGCAGCCUAUAUUAUCAAUCUAGGUCUAUUCAAAAAUAGUACAAUUCCAGGUGAAUGCACUUUCAAAUUUAGAGGAAAGAAUGUAGCCAUAACACCAGUCUAUGAUAAUUAUGGACUUUCUUGGGCUAUUGUCAUUGGAUCUAAGGAUGCAGAUAUUUUAAAAGAGCUACUAUCGAGUGGAAUGACUUCAGUUGUGGUUUUUAUUGUCAUUUUAGUUGCAGGAUCCUUAGCAUUAUUUGUGACUGUACAGUUGUUUGCUCAGCCAUUAAAUAACGUGCACAGAAAGCUUUCUAAAAUUUUGAGUGACAAGAAUCUAUCAAAGGAUUUGUCAAAUCCAAAAAUUACAACUGCUGGACUGAUUUUCUUUGAUAUUGGAGAAAUGGAAAAUGGAAUUAAUUCGCUCAAGAGAGGAGUUUCAGCAUUUUCUAAAUUUAUUUCACCAACAAUAAUGAAAAAAGUUAUUAGAAAUGAACAUUAUUUGGAUGUUGGAAUGAUAAUUCAAAACAUGUCAAUUUUGGUUUUAAGUAUUAGUAAUUUCUCUCAAUUAGCAGAACAAACUGAUAUUUCUACAUUUGUUUCAUUAAUGACUGAUUAUUUUGGAAGUUUGACAAAGGUGAUGGAAGAUCAUCGUGGAUUAAUUGACAUGAUUACAGGCGAAAGAUUGCAAGUAGUGUGGAAUGACUCAUCCAUGCCUGUUGAAGAACAUGAAGUGAGAGCAUGUAAAGCUGCAAUGGAAGCUAUAGAAGUUGUUGAAGAAUUGAAUAACACCUGGAUAAAGGAGAAACAUUUGGAGAUGGAUUUUUCAGUGUGUAUGAGUAUUUCGAGUGGAAAUAUGAUGUAUGGUAGCAUUGGAAGUGAGCAUCGAUUGAAUUUCACAGCCAUGGGAGAUGAUGUCAAUAUAGCAGUAAAGUUGGCAAAUCUCAAUCCACAUUAUGAGGCCGAUAUUCUCAUUACUGAAAAUACCUAUCAACAUGUAAAGAAUGAAUUUGUUUGUUACUUUGUGGACUAUAUAAUAUUGAAUGGAAAGGAAAGUCCAACCAUGAUCUACAGUUUGGAAUGUGAAAGAAGUGUUGCUAGUGACCUUCAGGUAAAAGUAGCAACAGAUUUGGAAUUGGCACGUAACUAUUGGUUCCAAAACAAUUAUAGAGCCAUGUACGAUAUUUGUGAAAGAUUGAGUCUCAUUUCUCAUUCAAAAAUAAUUAAUAAUUUAUUGUUAAAAGCAAAAAGAAAAAUUACACAUAAUUAA